AAGCAGCGUGCUGUCUCGCAGCAGCUGACAGACACCGAGGGGGAAAGGAGGGGAGCUGGGCUUGGACCGGCUCAGGGGGGGUGACAUGAGGCGGCCUCGCCGGCCGGAGGAAAAAGGGGACGGCGGGCUUUAGCUCGGGUCGGUGCCUGUCUGUCGCGCCGCCAUGUUCCGCCGCGCCAGGUUCAGUGUGAAGCCCAACGUGAGGCCGAGCGCGGCGGCUAGAGGUAACAGUGGCAGCGGGAACAGCUCAGAGGCCCCGGCAGCGGCCCCGGAGGCUCAGCAUGCCCCGGAAACCACCACUUGCUCCGCUGAGGCCAGCUCGGAUUCCCAGCUGGGGCCUGCCGAAGACCUUCGGCAAGGCUGUAGUGGCGGCGGCGACAGCAGCAGAUAUGAAAAGAACGGCAAUCCAAGUGGUGAUGGAGAUAGUGGGAAACGUGCAGACACCCCUUUACAGAGACGAAAACGCAUAUCCACAAUGCCCAAUCUUGCUAAGCCAAGAGUUGCACCCCCUUCUGCGCGCUGUGCUAUCAUUUCAGUGUCAAAAUGUUCUCAGAAGCAGGUACCUUGUUCUCCUCCUCCUGGUAACUCUGCCCUUCAGAAGGAAUCACCUUCAUGUGAAAAGAUUAAUAUUGAAAAUUCUCCCAUAUUGCCUGAGAAGAAAACACCUCUUCCUCAAGUACCACAAUUUUCUCCAUUUAAAAAAUCUGUUAAUAAGGAGGCCAGUCUGUCUGUGACAGCUCAUAAAAGUGAUGAAGCCCAGCAGAACAACAUGUCCUCACCCCUCAAAGAGAGACCCACACAAGAAAGUUUGAUUCAGGAGGAAAUACAACAGGCCAAACCUGCAGCAGCAAAAGAGAAAAAUAUAUGCUCUGAUCAUGAGAAAAUAAUCAAAGCUAAGAAGCUGAGGCAGCUGCUCAAGGAAGAAUUGAAGAAAGAAAAGCAACAGCGGAAAUCCAAAUGUCCGAUAAUUGAAAAAAAUAUCCCAGAAGAUCGUUCAAAAAUGAUUAUGAGAGAUUUCAUAUAUUAUCUGCCAGAAAACAAUCCCAUGAAGUGUUCUUUGGUGGAAGAAAAGAAAUCAGAAAGGACUUCAGCUCAAGCAAAAGAACCUGAAGAAAAAACUGUUGCUGAUCAUGAAGAUGAAAAUGAGGAAGCUGAGGAAGAAGAGGAAGAAGAGGAUGAUGGCCCCCUUCUAGUUCCUCGAGUAAAAGUGGCAGAAGAUGGCUCUAUUAUUCUAGAUGAAGAGAGUUUGACUGUAGAAGUUUUAAGGACCAAAGGGCAAUGUGUAGUGGAAGAAAAUGACCCCAUCUUUGAACGUGGUUCUACUACAACGUACUCAAGUUUUAGGAGAAGCUAUUAUACCAAGCCAUGGUCAGAAAAAGAAACAGAGAUGUUUUUCUUAGCUAUAAGCAUGGUCGGAACUGACUUUUCAAUGAUUAGUCAGCUUUUUCCUCACAGAGCAAGAACGGAAAUAAAGAAUAAAUUUAAGCGGGAAGAAAAGGCCAAUGGAUGGAGAAUAGAUAAAGCAUUCAAAGAAAAAAGGCCAUUUGAUUUUGAUUCAUUUGCAAAACUUCUCGAGAAAGUCCUGGAAAAUGAAAGAAGGAGAAAGACAAAUGAUGCAAAAUGUCAGCAUCAAAAAGAAAAAGCAGCCAAUGAAACAAAAGUGCCCAAGUCUCAGAAAAAGCGAAAAGCCAAAGUUACCAAUGGACAGCCUAGCCUUGAACAGGAUGAUCAGAAUGCCAAUAUUUCUGAUGCAGAAAUGGAAGUGGAUUGUGGGACUGCAGAAAAGGAGAAUGAAGAGUCUCUUAGCAUCUUGGAACAGACUGAAGGGCAGGCAGUAACUGACUCUGUGGUGAUGAAAAAGAAAAGGAAAAAGAAAAAAAAGGAUUCCGAACAGGAUACUGAGAACCUUUCUGAAGGAAAAACUAUUCCUUCAGAAUCAGUGGAGGGAGAAAGGCUGAGGAAGGAAAGAAACAGUGUAUCGUCUAGCCCAAAGAACCAUAGUGUUGAUGAGACUGGUGAGGAGUUAGAGGUUCCUGAUGGGCAAACACUUGAAGAUACUCUUUUCCCAGCAGAAGACGAUCCGCAGUGCUGCAUACAGCUAAAUGAAGGGCCAGAAGAAGAGGAUAAUCUGAUUUCAUCCAGUAUUCAAGAUGGUGCAUUUGUUGAAGAUGAGUCUGAGCUACAAGUUUUAGAAGCUAGUUCUGAACACCUUGCUGGGCAGUUUUCAAAGUCUCAGAUUUCUUCAAGUGGAAAUAAAGAAGGAUUUGAAGAAACCCACGCAGAAACGAAUGAAGUAACCGAGUUAGAUAAACUGGAUGAAAGGUCCUGUGUGCUACCGAGUCACAAUGAUAAAACUGAAAGAAUAGAAACCGAGACAGCAGCUUCUGAAAAGCUCACAAUCAAAGAGCAGCUGCAGAGACUUGAACCAAACUUAGUGAGAACUUCAGAAAAGUAUGCGCUUCCAGUUGAUAAUGCAUUAGAGAACCAGCUCUCUCCUUCAGAACCUGUGGGCGGUGUAGGAAAGACUAUUGUGGAAGAUCAGGCAGCUAAAAUAACUGGAUCUACCAGAGAUGAAUUGACAGAAAGAUCAAAUAGUGAUUUGGACAGGGUAUCACAAGACACUCAAAAAGCUCCUGAGGAAAAGAUCGAAACAAGAGGCCGCCGGCAGAGACCUAAACCUAAUAUUGUAAAAGCAUCUGGCAGAAAAGAAGCUCCUCUUCAAGGGAAAUCAGAGUACAGAAUGCUUUGUCCAGAGCCUGACGGAUCAGUGAGAAAGAACAGUGAUCAGGAUGAUGCAGUUGAUGCCACCCCAAGGGAGACUACAGAAAAAAACUACCAGGUUUCAGAUGCCAAAUCUCUGAUUUGUGAAAAAUCCACUUUACAAGUAGACAGCAAACAGACUGUCUUGAGACCUGCCCUGCUAGCAAGAGGGCGAAUGAAGAAACCCAAACCAAAUUUAGGAGCAGUUGCUAAAAGGCAAGCAGAACCACCACGGAACUCUGAAGCAGGAGAAGAAAAAGCAACAGAAGCAACUGUGGAAACCAAGGAGACUCUAACACAACAUGAGUGUAGCAGGAGUGACCUCCUCACUAAGCAAGCCACUGAGGCAACCAAGUAUGAAAUUGACGCACCACACUCAGAGGCAUUAGAAAACAAAGCUGUUGCUACUCCUGAUAAAGUGGGUUCAAUACACUCAAUCCAACCUUCUGUAAAGAAGCCGUUAUGUGCGGAUUUUGAGCUAAAAAAGACAUCUCUGAGUGACAGUGUGGAAGAUGUGUCAGAGCUUGUUAAUCGAUCUCUUGGUCCCACGCCUUCUGUAAAGAAGCCGUUAUGUGCGGAUUUUGAGCUAAAAAAGACAUCUCUGAGUGACAGUGUGGAAGAUGUGUCAGAGCUUGUUAAUCGAGAUUCCAGCCUUUGUGAAAUACAAAAGGAAACAGCUGCUGAAAUACAACAUUGUUUGGAGAAUUUCACUCCAAAUCUAAAGGAGAAUUUAGGAGAGGCAGCUGAAAAAAAGGAGGAUUUAGGACCAGAAAAAGAGAUGCUUGAGGACAACCACUUGACUGGAAGGGCAGAAAAGAAAACAGUACACCAUAGCAGUGAAUAUGGCAAGCUGUCUGACCUAGAUGAAGGAACAAAAUGUGGAGCAGUGCCAUCCUCACAUUUGUCAGAGGGACAUUCAACAGAUGCUCAAGAGGCAGUUGCAAUGCAGGCAACACUUCCGUCUUGCCCAAACAUUUCAACUCUAGACAGCGGUGACCCCCGUGAGGUUUCAGUGUACAGCGAUAGCCAGGAAAACUCUUCACUUCGCAAACAGAGCUCACAAGAAGACAAGCAAAGUGCUAUCCGACCAACACCACUUCUCAGAGGCAGACUCCAGAAACCCAAACCCAAUAUAGGAAGAGCAGUGGGAAGGAAAGAGAUACAAUCUGCAGAGAAGAAUGAAGCAACAGCAAUGAUUUUAGGAACUGAAAAGUCAAAACUACAAAAAUCUGAACCUACCAGAACUUCUUCGAAAGCACUUCAGUUAAUGCCUGACAAUAAAGUCUUACCUGCUGAAGCCUCAGAGGAUAGCCUGUUGGACUGUGAGAAAAUGGCUCAGGAAGAUUCUCAAGUGCCCAAGGAUAAACUGUGUACUAUCAAGCCUGCUCAGUUAAUGAGGGGGCGGUUCCAGAGAGCCAGACCCAAUUUGGGGAGGUUGAAUGGCAAGAAGAAAGACCCUGUGUCUGAAAAUGUUAGUCCUCCAGUUGAAGAAGAAAAAGAAAAAUCAGAGACUGAAACUCUCAUGAAAGGUGCUCAUCAUCCACUUUCAAAGGGUGAAGCUGAUGUCGGUAUUUCCUUGAGUGGUUUGGAGGAAAAAGUCCAGUCAGAAUCUAGUGAAGCCAUCUUGCCAGAAAGAUGUAUUGAUCAGAAAAAAGUUUCUUCUCCUGAAAAGUCACAAAGCUGUGAAUUUUUAAAAGACCAAGUAGAAACAUCUGUGUCUAAAGAUGUUGGGGAAAAACAACUAGAUACUGUUGCAAGUGCUGCUUCCACCCCUCAAGAACUAAGUCCAUCAAAAAGUAUAAAGCCUACCUUCCUCAUGAGGGGUCAUCUUCAAAGGCCAAAGCCAAACCUAUCCAGAGCAGCUAAAAAGAAAGACGUUUCUUCAGAAGGAGAGAGAAGUACAGAAGACAAAGCUGGAAAAGGUACAGAAGACAAAUCAGGAAAAAUAUCCUCAUUAAUGCAUGAUUCUGGAAAACAGGUGGAGACUGCAUCAUCUUCUGAAUCUUGGAGACAAGAGAAUUGUGCAGAUGACAUUAAAAUGGAGGAUUCCAAAAGAAGCAAACACUCUGAAAUAUGUGAUUCUUCAGAGCAGUCCCUGGGAGGUGAAAGUGAAAUAAGAAAAAAAAUCUCUAACUCCAUUUCUGUCCAGAAGAGAGCCUCUGAAACACUGAACAGAAAACUGCCAGAAAGGACACUGAAGCCGAGGAAACCUAUCUGUGACAUGAGGCCAACGUAUUGCGCUUCUGAAUGUGAGACUGAUCAUAGUGAAAAGGGAAGACGCCUCCAAAAGGUUAAACCAAAUGUCAGCAGAGGUAGACGCUUAAAACCAGCCCUUGGCAAGAAACCUAGAAAAGAAUAUGGAAGUUCGAAGGUUAAUCUGGUGACUCUUAGGGCCUCUUCUCAAGAAGAAGAAGAAGAUGAUGAUGAUGAUGUGGAUGACUUUGAGCCAUAUUAUGAAGCUGAAUGUUUUUUGCCUGAGGAAGUAAACAAAGCUCCAGUGUUUGUUCCGAAAGGGCUUCGGUCUCCAAAUCCAGUUUCUGUUCAGAUCGAAGAAACGAUGGAAGAGCUCGAGAUAUAUGAGAAUAUCACAGGGGAGGGCUGUGUUGCUAUUGCUGAAUGUCUGUCCCAUGAAAAGAAUAUAGGUGCUAAAUCUGUUAUACAGAGAGAUACAGAAUUGCACUCCUCACAAUUAGUGAUUAUACAAGAGAGGUCAGAAGAGAAAAAAGGGGUGAAUGAUGGUAGCACUGAAGCAGCCAUGACUCUACUUGCUAUGAGAGAUCCGGCGUUCCAAUUGAACAUCAGUACCCAAGAAAACCUGCAGAAAUUUCCUAAUCAAGAUGAACAGACUGUUGCUGAUAGCUUCCUGAAUGAGCAUAAUGAAGAACAAAGUAUAUUGGAUAAUAAUAUGUUGCUUUCUGCUCCUUCAAAACAUGAAUGGAUUUCUUUCAACAAUGCAAGCAGAACUUCUCCAGAGGAUCACAUUCACAAUACUGGGCAAUCGGGUUUGGAAGGCUACUUAACUGCAGCCACUCAUGUGAUAGUUUCCAGUCCUUCAGACGAGGAAACAGUUUCAUCUCACAAUGUGAACAAAGCUGCUCUUGUGGAUCACAAUGCAUUUGGUUUGGAGGAACACUCUCAGGAAGCCAGUAGGGUCUGCAGUGAUGGUUCUUCAUUACAAGGAAAUAAAAUAUGCAAACCAGUAAGAUGCAGGUUUCCUAAGCCUAAACCAAAUCUUGGCAGAGGUCGAGGGGUAAACAGGAGUGCUUCUUCAAAAAGUUUGGGUGUAGGUGUGGAGCGAUCUAAUCAAACCCAGAAUGAGGAGAACAUGCCACAAUCUACUGCAGAAAAUCACGAAGUUGAACUGGAUCAAAAUCUUGGAAUAGAUGCAUUUGGUAAGAGAAGCUCUGCAGACAAGCAUGAUUUUCAGCUUGGAAGAUCCAGCAGUGCUACACAGAAAAACAGCACUGAACGAGAGAACUUGGCAAUAGAGGCUUCGCAAGUCACAUCAGUGUUCAGUGAUCAACCACCUUCUCCAAGAACAGAAAUUUGGCCUUCUGAACUGCCAAAUGACUCCAACACAAAAAUAAAUGUUGAACUCCCUGAACAAAGUUCUGAUCCUGUUGAACACCAUUUGUCUACAGAAGUAGCACAGAAUGAAGAAAGCCAGUAUUCUGGUAGUUCAGGAAUAACAGAGAUGACUACAGAUGUCAAAGAAUGCCCAGCAGUAGAAGAGGAGCAGACAGUCAUUUUAACAUUGGUGGAAAUCGCAGCUGAUUCACAAGAUUGCAGUGGUGCAUCUGCUUCUCUACAGCAAGCUUCUGAGGAGCCGCUUCCAGCACCAGUAUUUUUCACAUCAGAUAGUAUGGAAUUGGUGGAAUUGACGAGAGAGGAUAGCAGUGGAUCCAUAAAAGCUUCAACUGAAGAAAAUACAGUCUCCGUGGCCAACAUAACUGAAAUAGGCGAACUUCAGACUACCUCAGCAGAGAAACCAGCUGAUGGUGGUUCAACUUUGAAAGAACGGAAGAGACAUGCUCUGGAUCUUGAGGGAAGUGGCGGUCCUCCUAAGAAGAAAAAAAAUUCAUCAGGGGAAAGCUUGAAACGCUCAAAUAAGGCAGUCUCACUUAAAUCCAUCUCCAUAGCAAACAAAACUGCUGGAAAAAGCUCAGAAAAAUUGAACAUUUUGAAGAAGAAGCAAAACUCAACUACCUCUAGAUCAGUACCCGAACCUACAGAGUCACACAUGAUGGAAGAAAAAGAGAAACCUCAGUCUUCUCUGCUGCUUGGUGUACCACAUGAUACAGAUGAGCAGGUGCCACGAACAUUGUAUUCAGGAAAAGCAGAAAUCAGUGAAGGACAAAGAAGCUUUACUGACAAUUACAAACCUGUACGAUCAGGACAAACUGGAAGCACAGCGGUCUUUCCAAAAAUACCAUCAUCCAGGCCAUAUCAAAGAUCUUUGGGAUUUUUACCUUUAAUCUGCAAGACUAAUACUGAAGAAGUAACUACUAAAGGGAACAAACAGAGUUUGAAGAAGUCUUGCACAGAUGUUUCCAAAAGCACUCUUGAACGUCCGACUUCGUCCUCAAGGAACAAAAAGGAAGAUAUUCAAGGGGACAGUUCCUUUCCUUCAACUGUCUCGGCAUCCUCCAAAUGUGAGAAUGUAAGCUCUUCCACUAUUCAGGUUUGCUCUGAGCUAUGUGAGAAUGAAAGUUCUUCUAAGGAGCAGGGAAAAGAUGAAGAACCAACUAUGAUUUCAGAAUAUUUCUUUAGAGAUAUUUUUAUGGAGGUGGAUGAUUCAGAAUAAUUUAGAAAUUUAGGAGACGUCUCUGGAAUCCAAGAAUGCAUCAUAGUAGCUAUGUAAUGUUUUCACAAGUUCUCAAUUAGCCCUGGAACUCUAAAUGGCAUAUAGAGCACUGUUGAAGCUGCAGCAGAUGGUUUUGUAUUACAAAUGGCCUAUUGCUUUUGGAACAAUUAAAAAAAUGAAACAGUUAAAUUGAAAAGUGCACAUGAUCAGGAUAUCAAAUAAUCUGUGUGCAUCAAAUGCAUAGUUACUAACUACAUGGCUAUGCUAAAGAAAUGUAAUGAAGAUGAUCUAUAUGACUUCUUUCAUGUAAUACUGAAGUUUGUCGGGCUGGUUGUAAAUUACCUAUACUUCUUUUUGUGAAGUAAACCUUUAAAAGGAGGGG